UCUUCUCUUCUUUCCCUGUCUGCUUUCCUUUUAAUUCCCACACCUUUUUCUUUCUUUUGCACAAGUUUAUCGAAACUUGUGAUGCUCCACAGAACAGAAAUUAAAUUAAUAAAGGGAACAAAAGCAGAAGAAGAAGGUGCACGGUUAUUACAAGAAGCUAAAAGGAGGGAUUAUUGUUAUUUUUUUAUUAUUAAUAGUAGAAUCGCGUUCCAAUUAGGGCUAUGGAAGGUUGGGGAAAUGGUACGAGUAAUGCGAGAUGGUUAGUGUUACUGUUAGUGGUGGUGGCGGUGGUGUGUGCGGAGAAGAAGAACGAGAAUAAGAAUGCAUAUGCGACUAUGAUGUACGUGGGGACUCCAAGGGACUAUGAAUUCUACAUAGCGGUGCGUGUUCUUCUCAGAUCACUCGCUAAGCUUCGUGUGCAAGCUGAUCUUGUUGUCAUUGCUUCCAUUGAUGUUCCUCCCAGAUGGAUUCGAGCUUUUGAAAAGGAAGAUGGUGCGAAGGUAGUGAGAGUAGAGAACUUUGAGAACCCUUACAAACACCAAGACAACUUCGACAAAAGGUUCAAGUUAUCGCUCAACAAAUUGUACGCGUGGAACCUGGUGGAGUACGAUAGGGUCGUCAUGUUGGAUGCAGACAAUCUUUUUCUCCAGAGAACCGAUGAAUUGUUUCAGUGUGGACAAUUUUGUGCUGUCUUCAUCAACCCUUGCGUCUUCCACACUGGUCUCUUCGUCCUCCAGCCAUCAAGUGCAGUGUUCAAGGACAUGGUUCAUGAAUUACAAAAUGGGAGAGAGAAUCCAGAUGGUGCAGACCAAGGUUUCAUAGCUAGUUACUUCCCAGAGUUGCUUUAUAGGCCAAUGUUCCUUCCAAAUCCAAAUGGCUCCAAGCUUCAAGGAACUUAUAGACUUCCUUUGGGUUAUCAAAUGGAUGCUUCUUACUACUAUCUUAAACUUCGAUGGAGCAUACCCUGUGGACCAAACAGUGUGAUCACGUUCCCAGGGGCACCGUGGUUGAAGCCGUGGUAUUGGUGGUCAUGGCCGGUGCUUCCAUUAGGUCUCCAGUGGCAUGAACAACGUCGUCAAACUUUGGGGUAUGCUGCAGAGAUGGCUGUGGUAUUUAUCCAAUCUGCAAUAUAUAUCGGACUAAUAGCGAUGACUCGUUUGGCUAGGCCAAGCCUCUCGAAGCUCUGCUACCGGCGCUUCGAUAAGAGUGUCAUCAUUGUGCAAAGUAUCCUCAAACUAGUGGCAUUGUGGACAAUCCUUGCUGCAUACACAACACCUUUCUUCAUCAUCCCUCACACUAUUCACCCUCUACUAGGCUGGGCCCUGUACAUACUCAGUGUCUUUGCGCUAUGCUCGAUUGCGACUAAUGCCUUUCUGCUACCAAUGUUGCCUGUUGUGGCGCCGUUGCUGGGGAUCGUUGGGUCCUUAAUGGUCAUGGCGUUUCCUUGGUAUCCGGAUGGCGUGGUGAGGGCCUUGUGUGUGUUUGCUUACGCUUUUUGUGCUGCGCCAGUUCUUUGGUCAUGUAUUGUGAGGAUAAUGGCUGGUCUUCAGGUAUCUUUAGAAAGGGAAGCUUUUAUGCCUAGAUUAGGAGAAUCUUCACCACCUUCUUGGUUUAACAAAUUAUAUUGAGCUGUUUGGUUCUAGUGGGGAUGUGAAACAAUUGAAACUGGACCAAAUUGUUAGUACUCUCUCCGUUUCAUUUUAUCUGUCACUGUUGUUUUAAAGUACAUUCUUUAAUCAGUGUAUAUAUUGAUAUAAGAAUGUACUAAAAAGUGAAAAAUAAAAGGGAACAGAGGAAGUGUCAUUUCUUGAUUUGUUUCACUAUACCUGAUUGUGGAGGGAGGAAUUGAAGUGCCGUGGAUUUUGUACCAUCUAAUGGGUGUUUUGGUCUUGGAUUUCAAUUUCAUGAUUGAAAUUAUUUGAGUCAAAAGGAAGAGGACAGGGAGUUAGAUUAGGGUUGUAUAGAACAUUAGGAAUAUACAAUUGUUUUGUUAUUCUUCACUUAUAUGUAUUAUCUUAUUUGAUUGAUUUCAGUAUUAAGUUGCACUAUGAACUUUUUGAA